AGUAAAAAUAUGGAGCCUCAAACAGGAAAUUUGAAGACAGCAUGGCAGGUGUCUUUGGGAAGCUAUUACAUUUCUGAGGAGUAUGGCUUUCUACUUCCAAAUCCUCUGAGAGAACUUCCAGAUCAUUAUAGGCCUUGGAUGGAAAUUGCCAGAAAUCUUCCUCACUUGAUUGAAAGUCACCAGCUUCGAGCUCACGUCAACAAGAUGCCCCUCCUGAGCUGCCAGUUCCUAAAGGGUUACCGGGAACAACGCUUGGCCCACUUAGUCCUGAGCUCUAUUACCAUGGGAUAUGUCUGGCAGGAAGGAGAGGCACAGCCUAAAGAGGUGCUGCCAAGAAAUCUUGCCAUUCCCUUUGUGGAAGUCUCCAGGAACUUGGGACUCCCUCCUAUCCUGGUACACUCGGACUUGGUGCUGGCAAACUGGAUGAAAAGGAACCCAGAAGGACCCAUGGAAAUUAGUAACCUGGACACCAUCAUCCUGUUUCCUGGGGGAGAGAGUCUGCGUGGCUUCAUACUGGUGACUGUUUUAGUGGAGAACGCAGCUGUGCCUGGAAUUAAGGCACUUGCUCAAGCAAUGCAUGCUGUCCUGCAGCCCAGCCAGGAUGCCCUGCUCGAGGCCCUGCAGCAACUGAAGCUCUGCAUCCAGGACAUGACCAGAACCUUAGGACGAAUGCAUGAUUAUGUAGAUCCAGACAUAUUUUAUGCAGUCAUCCGGAUCUUUCUCUCUGGAUGGAAAGAUAACCCAGCAAUGCCCACGGGGCUAAUAUAUGAAGGAAUCUCCAAAGAACCCUUGAAAUACUCUGGAGGGAGUGCAGCUCAGAGCUCAGUACUUCAUGCCUUUGAUGAGUUCCUGGGCAUUCAUCACAGCGAGGAAAGUGCUGACUUUCUGUACAGAAUGAGGGACUACAUGCCUCCUUCCCAUAAGGCCUUCAUAGAAGAAAUCCACUCAGCUCCUUCACUGAGGGACUUCAUCCUAUCCUCUGGCCACGGACACUGUCUGACAGCCUAUAACCAGUGUCUGGAGGCCCUGGCAGAACUGCGCAGUUAUCAUAUCACCGUGGUGACCAGAUAUCUCGUCACAGCUGCAGCCAGAGCCAGGAGCAGGAGGCUAGACCAUCUCCCAGGGCCACCUCAGGCUUUAGAAGACAGGGGCACUGGAGGAACUGCAGUUCUGAGCUUCCUGAAGAAUGUCAGGGAUAAGACCUUAGAGGCAACCCUCCACCCAAGUGGUUAAGAGACCACCUUCUCCCCAGUAGGGAGACCCCAUUGGAGGGUAAGUGGACCCGGACCAUGAAGGCCAGGGUUCUGCCUGAAAUCAUACAGUGCCAUUUAUAUCCCUCCUCUACAGUAUGCCAUAUUCUCCCGUGCUGAGAGCUGUUGUCCUCACGGAGGAGAGUUUAUAUAAACGGCCAGAAAUAUUCCUGCCCUACCUGAUCACUGCCUAACAGCAAACAGCUGUGGAUGCUUUCCCUCAGAACUCCAUAGAGAAGAAGAUGUGCCCUAUUCUGUUUGCCAAGUAAUAGAAAAAUAAUAUAAAAUUUAAAAACUAAAUGAAAUUGCUCAUGGAUACAUCUCCUUGUUGAUUUCUUUAAAGAAAAAAAUUCACCUAAUUUAUUAAGUUACUACCAAGCUCUGAUUCAGGGAUUAGAACAGAGAUUUCUGUGAUCUCAGGGAAAUCUCCUUGCAUGUAUUGAAUCUGGGGUCUCCCUGCAUGGAUUGAAUUUUGUAGCAGGAGUUUAGGAAUGCUCAAGUGGAGAUGUAUAGGAAGAGGAUGUUGAUAAUAAAGACGUGGUUGUCAUGCAUGUGAAAAACAGCAGCUAAUGAUAUGAGAUUCCCUGAU